AAGGAACUGUCAUUGAAAUCAAAAAUGUUGUAUUUUGAAGACUUCGGUCGAACGAGCGAAGCUCUGCGUUCCAUCGAACUUUGAGGGCCUUUUCCUUCGUGGCCAUUUGUGCUGACCUUUCAGGCAUCAUUGACUCGUAAAUUGCUACCUAUGCGUUGAGAUUUUACGUGCUAUGAGCACAGCCAUCAGCAUGGAGAGUGUUCAAGUUGAAGUCAAGAUUGAACUUGGACACAAGGCUUCUUGUAAGAAAACCCCAAGUCCCGAAGGCUUUACCCAUGACUGGGUCGUGUUUGUGCGAGGACCAGAAAGCUGUGACAUUUCUCAUUUCGUGGAGAAGGUUGUGUUCUACCUGCACGAGAGUUUUGCCAAGCCAAAACGAGUUCUAAAGGAUCCUCCCUAUACAGUUGCUGAGGCUGGUUAUGGAAGCUUCUUCCUUCCAGUUGAAGUCUUCUUCAAAAACAAAGAGGAGCCAAGGAAAUUGAUGUUCGACUAUGAUCUUGUUUUGCCUGCCUGUGGCUCCCCGCCUAUUGAUAACAUUCGAAGUGAAGCCCUUACCUUUACCAAUCCAACAGAGGAGUUCAGGAAAAAACUUGUGAGAGGUGGAGGAAUUGUUACAAGCACAGGGACUGUAAAUGGAUUUCACAGUCCCUGUGCUUGUAACAAUUCCUCCACCUCUCACAAGUUUUUUCCUGAACUCCUCUGUUGGAUUGGUAAAGGUCCCUUGCCUGAUAUAUCAAGCCCCUCCACUCAAAACCAUUUCAUAAGGCAACUGGACUCAUUUCAUUUUAUAUUUCUAGUUCUAAAGGAUCCUCCCUAUACAGUUGCUGAGGCUGGUUAUGGAAGCUUCUUCCUUCCAGUUGAAGUCUUCUUCAAAAACAAAGAGGAGCCAAGGAAAUUGAUGUUCGACUAUGAUCUUGUUUUGCCUGCCUGUGGCUCCCCGCCUAUUGAUAACAUUCGAAGUGAAGCCCUUACCUUUACCAAUCCAACAGAGGAGUUCAGGAAAAAACUUGUGAGAGGUGGAGGAAUUGUUACAAGCACAGGGACUGUAAAUGGAUUUCACAGUUCUUCUUUGCCUGUUAAUGGAUCAGCAGCUCAACAGAGUGCCGACUCAAAAGAUGGGAAAACAGCAAGUAACAUCACUGAUUUGCAUCCAACUCUGCAACUGUCGACACCAACGACAGAUUCUGACAAGAACAAAAAAGGUAAACAUGAGGCAGUAGUAGCUAACAAGACUGUUAAAAUGCAAGAGUCUGUAACACCAGGACUUAAAAGAUCAUCAAGUACAUCAGGAACAGAAGACAUGCAGCAAGUGAAAAAGAAAAAAAAGAAACCUGAUGAAGCUUCUGGAAAGUCAAACAAACCUCUUGGAUUUAUUCCAUUGGAGCUGCCUGUUGCUGGCAAUGAACAUAAAGAAAAACUGGAUGAAGUGAAAGAUGUUAAGUUAAAAAUUAAAUCACUGUCAUCAAAAAGUCCCGCAAAUGACAAAAAGAAAAACAGGCGAGCAUCUUCAGAGGUUGGAUCAGGUGAAAAUGUAUCAAAUGCAUCAAAGCGAAGAGAGUCCACAUCUGCUAAGAAAAGUAAGCAAAAAUCUCCUAUGAAUGAUUUGAAACAACAAGCUAAACAGGAGGAGAAGAAAGUGGAAAAGAUUACUUUUCGGCGGCGUGGCUCAGGUGACAGCUGGUCAAGUAGUACCUCUAGUUCAAGUCUGUUAGGGAAUUCUGGCAGCAAUAAGAACAUGGCUUUAGAUAAGCUAAUAGCAGAAAUGAGUGAAGAGGACGAUGAUGAUGAUGAUGGUAAUGAGGUUGACGUUUGUACCCCAUUUCAGUCUAGAUCAAUACAGCCAUCAGUCACAACACAGAAGCCAAUUGCUGAUGCUGUCAACUCUCCAAACAGUACUUUACAGAACAAAGACAGUAGCAACAAAGGUAGAACGAAAAGCAGCUCUCAAGCUAAGAAAUCAGAGGCUGUAAAAAAUAAAAGAAAAAAUGGAUUGAAAAGUCCCAAGUCCUUGAAGCAAAGCCCAAAACCAAAACUCAAAGACAGUACGCAAGCUAGUAAUGGACAGCGGAAUUCUUCUUCAGAAAAUCUAAUUCAACUGUACAAGCGUCUUGUAGCACUGAAAGACUCUAAUCUACUACAGAGAAUAGCUGAUAUUUUAGAAACGACAGGUCGCUUUGAACUCACAGAAACAACACUGGAGUUUGACUUGUGCAGUUUGGACAAAACAACUAUUAAAAAGAUUGAAAGCUCAAUCAACAGAUGAUCCAAGUGGAAUCCAAGCUCUGUGGUGAUGUGAUGUCGUGGAGUUUAAAUCCAAGCACUGUGCCAAGUCUGUGUUUUAAAGAACAACACAAGAGGUUUGAAAGUACAAUAAUUACUACAAGAAUUUGGAAAAAUUCUACUGCUUGUUAUCCUGAAGCAACACAGCCUGCAAAAUGUUCAAUAGUGCACUCACCCUGGUGUGAUUGGGGAUUCCCCUAGGAGAGACAACAUGAGAUGGCACAGGGUCACACUGACCAAGAAUCGUUAGACCUACCUCCUAUUGUAAGCAUUUUGAUGCACGUUUCAAGUGUCACAUUACAAACAGAGGUAUUUAGAGUUAUGUAGGGGUUAAAGUAUAGUGCUUGAAAAGUAUGCAUUCAGAAACCUCCAGCUAGUUUUUUCACACUUGAAAACAAGUUGAUAUAAACUCCGUGUUCAUAAACUAAAAAUGGUUUUGGAAAAAAGGGAAAAUAUCAGGAAAUAUCCAAUUCCAUACCCACAACACUGAAGGUCAUUGAAAUUUUGAAUUGGUGCAGGUUCUUAAAGGCCAAAAUGUUCAAUUUAAAGUGCAGUAUAAAUCUAAACUGGAAUUUCUGUAAGAGUGGGUUAGGAUAUUUUCUGGAACACCACAUUAUAAUGUGUGAAUACCCCUGCUCAAUACAAAAGAUACUGUAAUUUAUGAUAUCUGCAGGUCCUUUCUUAGUUCAGAGAUUUGAUUUCAACAACAACAGCAUUUAUUUAUAUCAAAAAAGGAAAGCAGAGUACAAUAAUUUGAAGCUUAUAAAAUGGUAUUGGCUGCCUAUAACAACCAUAAGGCUAAGAAAACUUAGGCAGCUAUUUAUGAGAUGCAAAUGGUAGCAGGUGACUUGCAUCGCUAGAAAUUCCCAAGCAAGACAGGAAGCUAAGGCUUGUGUUACUAUUUUUAUAUGACAGGAUUUUCUCUUCAGUGUGAGUGAAGCUUGCAUGCAGUCUGAAACACGACUUUUUUAUGUAAUACAGUGUUUAUAGACUUAACUGAGGAUCUUGCCUCUAUAUGAUGAAUUUUUCUCUCUUAAAAUCUUUCAAAAUCUAAGUGUUUUCCUCUUCAAAGCAGUUAACAAUUUGCACUCACGAUAAAAAUCAUUGACAUUCUUUAUCCUCUACUUUGCAUUAAUAUUUCAAGCCUUGUAUCUAACAAUAUUAAAUAUUAUCAUGUCGGAUUUGGAAAGUGUAGUUUUUCUCCACUUUUGUAAGACAAAAUUUAAUCCAAUACACGAAAACAACAUUGGCACAGAAAAUAAUUUUCUCUAUGAACAGAAAUGCAUGACAGGGGGUCCCAUUUUCCUUGUGAUAAAUUUCUGUCAUCGCGUCUUCCUUUUUAUUGCCGUCGGUGGCAAGCUGGUUUACUCUUUCAGAACAAUGGUAGUGACAACAGAUGUCUGUGUUAGGUGUUGCUGUGCUCUUGUAAUCACACAAAAGUAAUUACCAGUAGUUAAAUAAUAUAUUUUUCAAUUGAUUCUUGACUAUUUUGAUAGAGACAGCAGAACAAAAAGAUAUUUAAUGCUUAGUGACAUUACAGUAUUAGUUACAUAGACCUAUGAGCUUGUUACUUUCAUGAAAAACAAAGUUAAAACCACUUCACUGAAAAUGAUAUUUUGUAAUUUAGCUCUCUCCAAUAAGUUUUAAGGGUCACUGCUAUACAUUCAUAUGAGUUUCAUUGUGGAAAAGACCAUCCUGGCUCACUCAAGAUCUUGUCACAGUACUGUUGUUGUUACAUUGAACAGUUUCAGUUAAGGUACAAGUUAUGACUGUCUCAUAUUGAAUGUUAUGUUCAUAGCCCUUCAGUGGGGUAUCACACUAGGUUUUUUGGUAAAAAUUAUCAGCUGCAACAAAUUCAUACUAGUAUUUUUUUAUUAUUUUUCAUUCUAACAUAUUUUAAUAAAUAAAUAAUAAAUUGUCAUUCCAACUGCAGCGUGGUAUUUUUAAUUUCAGAAUAUUUGUUUGCAAAUGUAGUCAGUUGAAUAUAAAGAGUCUGUCCACUGCUAACUAAGCUGAUUUAUAGUAUUAAUGUUAUAAUGGCAAGGUUUAGCUGGAGAAUGAAAAUAGUUUUGAUAUAAGAAUUGAAAUUGCUUGUAUGCAGAAAAAGUACUUUUAUGCAGGAAAGUCAAACAAAGUACAAUACUAGUGUACUGGAAGCAGGAUACCAUUGUCUUGAGAUAAAAAAUUGUCAGUGAUAACACAUUCAUGGCCAUGCUUUAUAUUUUCAAUAACAGUAGCUGACAUCAGGUCCAAAGAGGAUGACAUUAGCCGUUCUAAAAAAGUAGCUAUCUGGCCCUGCUUUUGUUGGCAAAUGAAUUUGUUUAAUGCACACAAUUGAGGACAUUCACUAUGACACAUUUACUACUUUUAAAAAACAGUCAAACUCUGGUGAUGUUGAAAUGAUUUAUGCUUUUGAAUGAGUCAGGUCAGGAAGGAAAAUAUUUGCCUCCUUGUUAUUUUCCACAGUCUUCACAGUGUGUUCUGACCUGAAACCAAGUAUUUCCCUGCCCAACCUGCCUUCUCACUCAGUAAGCUUAACCCAGUCACUAAGCUUAUGUAAGAGGCAGGUUACUUCCAAAACUUUCUUCUGUCGCAAAUGAAACAUGAUCACAUGAAAACAGUUUUAUAUAAUAAGUAUUAUGCAUCUGGCUUGCUUCACACCAAGAACUUUUUUUUAACAUUAUAUUUUCUUUUUUUACAAAAUAAUGUGGUUAAUAUAAAAAAGAUAAAUGUUGCUUUGUACCUCACAUUAGUACUGAAGCCAUUUUGAUCAGUUCAUAACACAGUAUGUAUCUUGUCAGAGACUAAAGAUUUUGAAAAGAGAGCUCUGACUUGCAAAUAAUUUUGGCAAACCACAGUAAAACAGAACAUUUUUCUUGAGUCAAUGUGUUUUUCUUGUUUGUUCAAAUUGUUUUGGUUUAUUUAAUGUUAGCUCACAUGUACUUUGAUAGAUGAUAAAAAUUUGUCUCAUAUGUUGUGGGUUCUGUUCUUUUUUGAACCAAAUUCUAAUAUUACCAGCUAUUUAUAAUAAGUAAUUAAAGUUAUUAAUAUUAUUUUGUUGGAAUAAGUAGGUAACUAAUUAUAUUGUGGAAUGAACUGUUGGGUAUCCUAAGUACAAAAAUAAUUUAAUAUAAUAUUAAUGUCUGUUAAUAUCUUUUCAUGGCAAUAUUUAUUUUCAGUUAAUAAAUACUAUUUAGUAUCUGGUUUGGUUAUGUUUAAAACUAAUUAUUGUAAUUCUACUUGGAUGAUUUAUAAGAACAAAUAGUGAAGAGAACAAGCUGAAAUAACGAAAAGAGAAAGCAAAGUGUAUAAUUAUUAUCCUUGACUUGUGAUAAUAAUUACUCUAAUUUUGCUCCCUUUUCAUUCAAUUGCAUCACUUGUCACAACAAAAUUAUGACCAGUAGAAAAAGUGUUCAAAAAUAUACUGCUACAAUCUGCGAUCAACAAGUUAUUUAUAUUUACCAAAUAAAAAAUAGAUAUAUAAUAUUUUAUUACAUUGUAGAUGAUGGUUUUUAAUUACACACUGCUAUGUUCUUUUCACUGAGUUUUGGUUCAGGAGUUGCUUUCUUGUUUAAUACAUAACUUUCAUUAGCAAUUCAAUUUACUAAGCUAUAGCACAUGCUCUAAUUUUUUUACUGUCAGAGCUCUAUGAUGCUUGAAAUGUCAAAAGUUGUCUUCUAUAAUAAUUAUAGAAUACAGUUAGUGCUCUUGUAGAUCAAGACUUGAUGAUUCUGGUAUUGAUAUCUUUGUAACUUAUUUUUUCAACAGUGUGUUUCGUAUUGAUUCACAGAGCUUUAUUAUGCUGUGAGUGUAUUUCAUAUUGUAAAUAAAAACUAACUUAUUGCCUAUA